CCGCCGCCGCGCCGCGGCUUGAGGGCGGAAGGCUGGGGGAGGGUAGCGGAGCCGGCGCCGCCGCCAUGUUGGGUCUGAGGCAGCUGCUGUAGGCACCGACGGAGCGAGCGGGCGUGCAGAGCGGCGACCGCGGCGUGGAAUCUGCCUCUCUGCCAGCGGCCUAGAGCGGCGGCGGCGCCAUGAGUGGGGGCACCCCGUACAUCGGCAGCAAGAUCAGCCUUAUCUCCAAGGCGGAGAUCCGCUACGAGGGCAUCCUCUACACCAUCGACACCGAGAACUCCACCGUAGCUCUCGCCAAAGUUCGGUCCUUUGGUACAGAAGACAGACCAACAGAUCGUCCAAUACCACCUCGAGAUGAAGUCUUUGAAUACAUAAUAUUCCGCGGAAGUGAUAUUAAAGACCUCACUGUUUGUGAGCCACCAAAACCACAAUGUUCUUUGCCUCAGGACCCAGCUAUCGUUCAGUCUUCACUAGGCUCAUCUACUUCUUCAUUCCAGUCAGUGGGUUCCUAUGGACCUUUUGGCAGGAUGUCGACGUACAGUCAGUUCAGUCCAAGUUCAUUAGUCGGGCAGCAAUUUGGUGCUGUUGGUGUUGCUGGAAGCUCCUUGACAUCCUUUGGAACAGAAACAUCAAACAGCAGUACCCUGUCCCAAAGUAGUGCAGUUGGUUCUGCCUUUACACAGGAUACAAGAUCUGUAAAAACACAGUUAUCUCAAGGUCGUUCAAGCCCUCAGUUAGAUCCUUUGAGAAAAAGCCCUACCAUGGAACAAGCAGUACAGACCGCCUCGGCCCACUUACCUGCUCCAGCACCUGUUGGGAGAAGGAGCCCUGUAUCAACCAGGCCUUUACCAUCUACCAGCCAAAAAGCAAUAGAGAAUCAAGAGCACAGGCGAGCUGAUAUACACAAAGUUUCAAGACCAGAAAAUGAGCAACUCAGAAAUGAUAGCAAGAGACAAAUAGUUCCAGGUGCUCCUUCAGCUCCAAGGAGAGGGCGUGGGUGUCAUCGAGGUGGCAGGGGAAGAUUUGGUAUUCGACGAGAUGGUCCUAUGAAAUUUGAGAAAGACUUUGACUUUGAAAGUGCAAAUGCACAAUUUAACAAGGAGGAAAUUGACAGAGAGUUUCAUAAUAAACUUAAAUUGAAAGUGGAAGAUAAACUUGAGAAACAGGAGAAGCCUAUAAAUGGUGAAGAUAAAGGAGACUCAGGAGUUGAUACUCUAAACAGUGAAGGAAAUGCAGAUGAAGAAGAUCCACUUGGACCUAAUUGCUAUUAUGACAAAACUAAAUCCUUCUUUGAUAAUAUUUCUUGUGAUGAUAAUAGAGAACGGAGACCAACCUGGGCUGAAGAAAGAAGAUUAAAUGCUGAAACAUUUGGAAUCCCACUUCGACCAAACCGUGGCCGUGGAGGGUACAGAGGCAGAGGAGGUCUUGGUUUCCGUGGUGGCCGAGGGCGUGGUGGUGGUAGAGGUGGUACCUUCACUACCCCUCGAGGAUUUCGUGGUGGAUUCAGAGGAGGUCGUGGGGGCAGGGAAUUUGCAGAUUUUGAAUAUAGGAAAGACAACAAAGUUGCUGCAUAGUCUACAAACAAGUCUUUGGAAAUAGGUGAAUUUCUAGCUCUUCAAGGUCCUGAGAAUUGGUUUCAGCCUUUACCAAGAAUGAAGAAGUGAAUUUGCUGUAUAUUUGUCACCAGCACUGGGUUUUUUUGUUUGUUGGUUUGUUUAUUUUUCUGCUUAAUUUCAAAGAUAUGAUGCAAUUAUAUUGGGGGGGAGGGGGCAGCUCAUCUUUAAAAAUGAGCAUUAAAUAUAUUUGAAAUAGCAGAAGGUUAAGUAAUUUCUUAUGUGUAAACUAAAGCAGUACUUCAAUGGGACUUACAAGUAUUUUUUCAUCACUGAAAGGAUUUUUCUUAUCACUAAAUUGUAUUUGGCAAUUAUUGCAAGUUACCUGCAGUUAGGGCCGUGAUACUGUGUUUCAAGCCACAGAAGGGUGUGUUUGUGCGUGUGUGUGUGUCUGUGUCUGUGUAUCUUUUUCCCUUUCUUUUUGGAAAUCCUGUAAUAUCCCUUUUGAGGUAGCUUAUUUCAUCAGUUAAUUGGGGUGCUGGAUGGUAGAGAAUUUUGUCAGUCAACUAUGUACACACAGUAAAUACUGUUUCUUAGGCAAAGGUAACUUUUUUAUAUAGUUAUAAAAUUCCAUUAUAUUCCAUUGCCAAAGAAACAUUAAGAACUUUGUAUAGCUGUAUAAAAAGCAACUAAUUUUUUAAAGAAUAAACAUUUUAAAGUCAGCAAACAUACUGUGUCCUUGCAGAAGUUGUGCUGAGGAACAGAGCUAUGGGUGGGUCUUUUUUUUUUUUUUCCAUAGCUUUCCAGGGUUAAGAUUUUUGAUUUUGAUUUUCUGUUUUAAUGUUUAGAACACAAAUGAAGAUUUGAUACAUUCUUUUAUUAAGGAUAAAUUACUCAUGCUCAUUGUAAGAAUUUCAUUUUAUAGUAAAUGGCAUAUCACAGGAUUUGUCCAAAUAAUAGGUAUUUUCAGUAUAUGAAUGUAAAUAAUCAUAGAUAACCAUGUACUUAGCUGUAUUUUCAAAUAAGUAAGUCCUCCCCUUUUUUUAAGACAGUAAAACUAGGCAUCAAUUAACCUGUUCUUCCUGAUAAUGCCUGGAAUUUUGUCGUGAUAAGUUGACUCAUUCCAUUAUAUUUCAAGAGGAUUCAGAGUGUUAGAAAUUAUUUUGGCAACUUAUCAGAUAUCAUAACACUGGUCCUUGGGCCUGUGAUUCACAAAUGACUCAAUAUAGAGUUCAUUGCUAACUAUAAAUUACUAGUAAAUCUUUUUGAUAUUUUAAGCUAUACUGGGGGGGAAAUCUGGCCACCUUUGUGUUUUAUGAAGGCCAUGGAAUAAAGGGAUCCAAAGAUUUAAAUAUUCUUAUCUCUCUUGAUUUUGUUAACUUUCUCCUUAAGCUAUUCAGUAGUGAUAAAGAUGUGGAAAACUGCACAGUAGAAUUAGAAUAUUUAAAGAUGGUUGAUAUUUUUAAUUUUAUAUCUUUUGUAUAGGUCUACAAGAAGAUGUUUUGUAAUUUGGUUUCAUUAUUAAGUUUCAGUACUUGACAGCCAUAAUUUAGAUAAUAUUGUUUAAUACUGUUUGUUUGCAUGUUAACAACAAAACCUUUUGGAGGACCCAUAAAUCAUGAUAUUGAACACAUUUCUGAGGCAUUCUGAACAUCAAAGCAAGUGCUAUGGCAAUACUUAUAGACUGUUUGAGAUGUCCUGGGCCUAUUUCGAGAAGAAAAACUGUAAAUACCAGUUCUACAUGCUCUAAAAAUAUGAAUUCAUGCAUUUUCCAAGCCCUCUGGGUCACUGACUAGGGCAUUUGGUGCCCCAAUAACUGGCAGCAUGGCAUACCUGCAGUGCACCUUACAAUAUUAAAGCAAGGAUUUUAUUCUAAGACAGAAUAAAACUCUUCAAUAAAAAA